CACACAUCCUCAAGUCUCAUCGAUCACUCACAGUGACGCAGUGAGCACAAGCUAGCAGCAAACAUCAAGCGAUCCGAUCUAGUAAUCGCUUCACUGCUCAGCGAUGGCCACCGUCGAGGUCCAAGUGGUGCCCCCUACUCUGCCGGCGGAGGAGGCUCCAGUCGUUGUGGAGGCUGUCCAGGCGCCGGCCGCCGCCGCCGCCGUUGAGGAGGCCCCGAAGGAGGAAGCCGCUGUGCCGGCAGUCGCCGCCGAACCGGAGGCUGCUCCGGCCGAGACGGAGACCAAAGAGGCACAGCCGGCUGCUGCGCUGGUCGAGACGACGGCAGAGGCCGAAGAGGCACAGCCGGUUGCUGCGCUGGUCGAGACGACGGCGGAGGCCGAAGAGGCGGCAACGCCGGAAGAGGCUGCUCCGGCGGAGAGCGAGGCGAAGGAGGCCGAGCCAGCUGAGGCGGCUGAGACCAAGGAGGAGGCUGCUCCGGUUGAGGCGGCAGAUGUGAAGCAAGCGGAGGAAGCUCCGGCGGCCGAGGCCGAAGAGGCGGAGCCCGAAACAGCGGCCGAGCCGGAGGCAGAGACGGCGGCGCCGGCGGAUGAGGCGGCCGUGGCGAAGGAAGAAGCUACCGCUGCCGUCGCCGAAGAGGCCGCGGCACCCGUCGAGGCUGCCGUCGCCGAAGAGGCUGCGGCACCCGUCGAGGCUGCCGACAAGGCCACCGAGUGAGUGAUCCACCGAGAGAUCGCGAGCCGGAGAUCCAGCUAGCUGACGGCCGGCCGACCGCCGGCGGCGUGCGUGGCCGCGGGGUCGAUCGGGAGUCGCGCGUGUUGUACGAGUUUGGGUUGGGCUCGAAUAAACGUGUCCGUUUGGCGCACGGGGCCCAGGUGUCAGCGGGUGCUGACGUGGCGUGGUAUCGCUGGCCCUGGACCUCGUGGUCGCGUGUCGUGUCUAUUAUGUUUGGCUGCAGUCUCGAUUUGUAUCGUGGUUUCGUCGUUAAAAUGCUAAUUAUAUGUAUUUCUGGUUAAUUUUUUCUAAUAUUUUUUGGCUUGCAUUUUGAUGUGAUGGUGUAUGGCACUGGCAUUGCCUCUGCUUGUUGGAGCUUUCCAUAUUGCAUGGCUUACAAAAUGCAUUGGGGUUCACAAAACUG